AUGGGCGCUAUAUUGACUCGCAGACUGGCGGACAAGCUCUGUGUCCUGACGUGGCAACACCACCUGCGGGCAUACAAUACGAUGGCUGAUACAUUAGCGAACAUGGCAAUGGACAGCGUCCAGAUGACCAUAACCCGAGAUGUGAUUUCCGCCGACAAAUGGCAACAUGCGUCCCAGCACGCGGCCAGUGACAUCGGGCACUGGUUCGAACGCACCACUGAUGAAAGUUCUUCGGAGCUCGUGGCCGUCACACUUUAG